AUGUUUCAUCGCGAGCCAGUCACAGACGACUUCCGUCGUUUUGCCACGUACGCUAGUCGCGUGAGGGCGCUCAAGACCCAAGGCGGCAACACCCAACUGUUCAACACACACGACAUCCCCUUCGACGUCUGGGCUAAACUAAUGCAUUACGGACCCCAGCCCCUGCUUCCAAACCUGCGCUCUCUCUAUCACUCCGAGAUCCACCGGUACAACUGUUGCGAACCUCGUGUCGCUGGUCGCGGCCCGGUGUAUCGCUCGGAACCCCUGUUCGGCCCCAGGCUGAAAAAGGCGUUCAUUGAAUUCGGCGAUUGGCCGUCCGAUGAAUGGCGACCGACGGAAGUCGUAGAAAGCUUGUCCUAUCGGUCUCCGCUCGUAGAGAGCCUGAAGAUUGAACACUCCACCGUCUCCUUUCGCCACACGAUUCACGAUUCAGCAAUGCCUGCGCGACUAUCCGGCCCCGCCGUCGCAGGUUUCCUUCAUCUGGUCAAAUUCGAAUCGUACUGGGCGUACGUUUCGCCCGCUGCGCUCUUGGCGCUGGGAUCCCUACGCAAGCUGCAAGAGCUUGUCGUGCAUGUCGACUCGACGGAGUACGAUUGGGAAGCUCUGCCGCAUGGAAGACAGUACGGUCUCUUCUCCGCUCUGAAGGAGCUCACCCUAUACAGGGCUCCCUCCGAGUGGUGUGUCGCAUUCAUGGACGUCGUUUCGUCCUCAUCGCUCUGGAGACUACACAUCAAGGAUUAUGACGCGGGACACCACACGCUACCUCCCUUGCUACUUGAAGCUUUCUUCACAUCUCUGGCGCGCCACCCAUCUUCCCAUACUAUCCGGGAGCUCGACUUCACCACCGGCGGAUGGGACGGCAUGCUGCCCCCGAUCUAUGGGUCCCGGCACAUCGCGCCCUUGCUCUCCCUAUCAGCGCUCCAGAAACUGACCAUCUUCGGCCAUUGCCUCGUUGUCGUCGAUGACGCACUCCUGGAAGCCGUCACAAGGGCAUGGCCCAACAUCCAAUCUCUCCACUUCUGCUGGCCCAAUUUUGGCAUGAUUACCGGGCCUGCGGAUCCACGGCCGGGGCAGCUAGGCUUUCCCCAGGCAACCCUCGCCGGCGUGUUCCUCCUUGCCCGCUACUGUCCCUAUCUCACAUCCCUUGAUCUCGGAAUCGACUUACGCGAUAUCCCCUACCUCGACGAACAUCGCCCUCCUAUUCGCUUAUGGUCGACCCACCCACCGCCCCUCGAGAGUCUUCGUCUCCCAGGCUUGACACUCCGGGAGGACGAUGAGCCGGCUCUCGCUAUGCUCCUCUCUGUGGUAUUUCCGCAGCUGAAAUCUUUCACGACGGAUUGGCGCGAAGCGGGCUCUUCGAUUAGAAGAGUGAAGCUGCAGCGCACAGUGCAAGAUCCAAUGUGA